AUGAAAAUUCAAAGGUCCAUCAACGUUGUCGGCUGUCAUUGCGCUGGCGAAGUUUGCGAUGUAAUCGUCGGGGGCGUUUUGAACCCCUCGGGAUGCAAUACCAUGUAUGAGAAGCUUAUUCAUUUUCGAGACAAAGAGGAUCAUAUACGUCAGCUUCUCAUGCAAGAGCCUCGUGGACGUCCCGCGAUGUGUGUGAACCUUGUUCUCCCACCUUGCGACCCCAAAGCCGACGCCGGAUUUCUGAUUAUGGAAAGCGACGAAUACCCACCAAUGUCUGGAGGCAACACUAUCGCUACAACAACAGUGCUUCUUGAGACAGGAAUGGUGAAAAUGACUGAGCCUGUUACAAAUUUGGUUUUGGACACACCAGCAGGCCUAGUUCAUGUUACCGCCGAAUGCGAGGAUGGAAAGUGCAAGGCCGUCGCAUUUGACAACGUUCCAUCGUUCGUUUUCGCCCUGGAUUACAAGGUCGACGUGCCCGGACUGGGAACGAUCUCUGUCGAUAUAGCAUGGGGAGGGAUGAUCUAUGCAAUUGUAGACGUGACCUCUCUUGGGCUUCGCAUCAAUAACCAAAAUGGCCCGAAGCUAAUCGAAUACGGAGAGAGAAUCAAAUAUGCACUCCAGCAGGCCUCGUUUAUCCCCGUUCAUCCGGAAACCCCGAGCAUCAAGGGUGUCAGUAUACUCGAAUUCACGGAGCCUCUCCAGCACGAUACGAUGGAGGCAUUGAAUACCGUUGUGGUUUCUCCUGGGCGGUUUGAUCGAUGCCCAUGUGGCACAGGGAGCUGUGCAAGAAUGGCCGUCCUCCAUGCUCGUGGUCAGCUCAAGGUUGGCGAGAAGUUUACGCAUCGCAGUAUUAUUGGGAGCACGUUUGAGUGCCAUAUCCGUGGAACACAGAGGCUGGGAGGAUAUGACGCUGUUCUGCCAACUGUCAAGGGAAGUGCUUGGAUAAAUUCAUUCAAACAGAUGGUGUUGGAUGCAAACGAUCCUUGGCCAGUCGGCUUCAGAGUUGGUGAUCAAUGGCAUGUAAGACAGCUAUAA